UAAUCGUUCUAUUUUAUACGAAAUAAAAGAAUUGACAAAACAGUCGACGUUCGUAUAGAAUAAAAAAUAGACAGAGUACUUUAUUCGUUAAUUAGUCGGUAUAAAAAGACCACCAGCUAUAAUCUAUCGAGUCGUUUUAUCUAAUCAUUGGAGCACUCUACAAGAAAUAGUCGUACGCUCCAAAAAGAUCGUACUAUUUGCAUUUGCAUAGUCGAGCAUAACAAGUAAUUUUUAAUGGAUAAUUUUGAGCGAUCAUCAAUCGAAUAGGUGUCCUAGUUUCGUAAAAAAUGUCUGUUUCGUUCGUCGCCGUCGCUAUGCCGACCAAUGCCGACAGAUCGAUGCGUCCAUCUUUUUUAAUUCAGUUUCAUAUCAAUCAUCCAACAAUACAGACUGAAAAAUGUUUCCAAUACCAACAUGUUAAAAUGCAAAGUACCAUGCGGUGAAGUGUGCCUAAUAUAUUUAGUCGAAUUCGAAUAGAACCGUUCCGAUCGCGAUGUACGGUACGAUUUACGUAUCGUUAUUCUUUCCUGUCUACGUCGAUGUUAUUGAACGCUGAAGAAUGCACAGAGAUUUGGCAAAAACGAAUCGAGUUAGCGUUGAAAGUAUACAUAUUUCGAAUAACAGAAAAAAAACAGCGUGAAAUUUCAUUCGUCGGAAUGAAACAAGCGGAAAAGUUGAAACGACGCAAACGUUUACAUUGCUGAGAAGAGUAUAUCGACAACUAUGUAGCACGAAACUUCUAAAAUAGAUAAAAAAAUAUUGCAAUAACAAUGAAUAAUGAACCAGUCCAUUGAAGAAGAAUUAGAACUGCCAGCAAUAGUCUAUUGGAUGACUACGAGUCGAUAAUAAACGUGGUUAAAACAUGCGUUACGAUUGCACAUAGUAAAGAAAUAAUCGAUGAAAGCAUUGAACAGUCUCGUUAAAUUUUUCGAUAUAAUUUGUAGGACAUUUCAAAGAAAUUUCGAGUAACAUUCGCGAUCGUGAUUCAUGAGAAAAUGGAACUGAUAUCGACGAAGAAAAUUUUGUAGAAUAACGAUAGAUGAAAUCUUAACCUGUUAAGCGACCCAACUAUUCGACGAAAAACCGUCCCCUGGCUAAAUAAAACCGAUAUAGUUUAAUUAAUAUUUUAAAAUAUCUUGUUAUAAAUAAACGAGAGAAUCAUAGAAGGUGUACGCGUUGUAUAAAAUAAACUAUAAAUAUUUUUGUAAGAAAUAAAUGGACGUCGCACGACAAUUCGUUUCGCGUGUACAAAUGAAAAAUGUACAUAUUUUCCCACUGCAUAUAAUAACUCAUCUAUUUUCUCUGCUGUCUUUCUUAUAAUCUCUAAUUACAAACCAGCGUCAUAGUAACAUUACGUAACAAAGUAGGAAAAAAAUAAAUUAACUCGGUUCAACGUACACGCUAACUUGUCCUUCGCAAGUUAACAUCGUCAUCAUUGCGGUUAUCGAUAAUGAAUCAGUCGUUCCUUUUUCUCCUAGCUCGGUAUGUUUACGCGAAAUAUGAUUUUGGAUAAUGAAAUACUCGAUCGUUGUCGAUGAUACGGGCGUAGCUGUAAAUAUUAUAUCGGAUACCAUGUUCGCAUUUCUUGGCGCGAGUCCUUGUUGUAUUUAUACAUUAUUUUCACUACUGAGCAAUAAAAUAAGUAAUCCAACGUUAAUGUUGAUGUAAGGACGAUUAAGGAGCCUAGAAGAAUGAUAAAAAGAAGACUGGGUGCUUUUGGUAAUAAUUUUUAAGACGUAUUCGAGGGAAAUUGUUUGUUUGAUAAGCAGGAAUUGAAAUUGGUUGUCGGAGACUGGUUUCUCGUGGUGGUGUUGGCUGGUCUCUGUCAAGGGCUGCAGGAGAGACCAAAGAGAGGAAGUGGGGGCGUGCGAGGACUGUACGUGGAUACCAGAAUCGGAAUCAGAAUUGGAAUUGCAGAUGGCGCCCGACCUGCGCCACUUCGGCAUCGCCAUCGUUCCUGGCCGAGUCGAGUCGGUCAAAGAGGAGGGAGGGGCUGCUGGUUCGCUCGGUCUUCGUAGUCUUUCUACGAUUCAUCCUUCGGUUCGUCGGCUAUUGUAAUACUGUUAGCGCCGACGACGACGAGGUGUUACGAAGAUACAUCACGGUAUCGCGAUAGUAUAUAAGAGCUGUAAGAGAAGCGAGCCUGUGACGAGAAAGAGGAGAAAGGGAGAGAAGGAGGGAGGGAACCGAGGGUCCAGCGAGCGUAUCCGAUUUUCUCGGGCGUCGAAAAUCGUAAGACGGUCGCGAUGGUAAAUCCGGUGCUCCUGGUUGGCUGUUCAGACUGUUUAUCGGCGUACCUAUUUCCAACGGUCGUUCGUUCGGAAGAUAACCUACUGCUUCAAGCGAAUUAACUUCUGUCCGAGGUUUGUUUUUUCCUCGACGAAUUCGAGAUUCAUUCUCUUCCCCCGUUUCUUUUUUUCGCUCGUGUCACACACACGCGUUUAACGCGCUUUAAAUGCUGUACGUUACUUCCACUCGUCGUUCAAUCGCAUCGUUCGACCAUAAACCGGAAAUCGCCGGGAGAAACGGAAGUCGCACACGCGUGUCGGGAAACUGGAUCUUCUUCCUUCUCUGUUGAUCUUGUAUCGUUCUCUGUUGGAUCGUUCGCGCGUCGACCAGGGACUUUUUUCUUAUAGUUGAUCAAGAUUACGCAAAAAAUUACAUACUUUACGAUUAUAAAGACAAACGAGUGCGAGCCGUUGCGGUAACGAAAAGAAAUUCAUGCGCAGAAAAACGAUUAACGUUUCCAGCGACAUGUUGACCCGCGGCGAUCGACCGUUGCGUCGUAUCGUGUAAACCGGAUGUUGGUAGUAGGAAAGUCGAGUUAUUGGAAAUGAUUAUACUCCGAGUGAGCACUCGCUGCGUUUAGAACGAUUAACCAGCCAUUUUUUGACCAAGUAAACGUACGCAAUCGUGAAAUCGUUAAAAUAAUUUUAACGUUUAUUGCUACGACCCGGGAUGACUCGAAUCCUAAAUAGACACGAAAGGUCUCUUGUAAUAAUUUUCCUUUGAAUAAUUGUAAACACGAUAAUGCGGAAUAAUCUGCAUUUCUUCGUCGAGUAAACCGAAUACUUGACUGAUUUCAGUCAGAAAAAUGGCUAAAAUAUUGUUUCAAAUUACAUGUUCGUUUAACUUUGAAGAAAAAUUUGGCCAGCUUUUAAUCGUAAAGUAUUGGAUUUCUCAAGUAAAUUACGCGUUUAGUAAUCGCUAGACGGUUCUUGUAAACAUACAUAGUUAUUAAAGAGUUUCGUCUGAUCAAUGUAUACACGGAUCAAGUUUUUUAACGGCGUCGAUGGGUUCUAUCGUUCUUCGCGUUGGCAUCGCGGAAAUCGAUAGGAGGAAACUAAUAAAACGAUAUCGCGUUAUUCUCGGUAUUUAUCUUGAGAUAGAUUCCCGUAAAAAUAGGAUUCCUUGACAGGAAUGCUCCGACGGGUUCCCCGUAGCAGUUUCGUUGGUAAGAAAAAAAUAUGGCGGCUUGCAGCCUCUAGAUCGCGCGACCACCGAGUACUCCUACUCGUAUCCGUACUUCCGUAACGUCCACCAUAAGGUCUACCGUCGCGGUUCGAUCAAUUGAAACACCCAAGGAGAUUAUACUUGAAAUAAAGCCGCGUAUCUUUCCCUGUGAUGUUUAAAUCACGAAAAAGGCGAGUACGCGAUCGUGAAACAGUGGCUCGACAAGUAACGAGUCAUCGGGAAGGAGAAAACUGUGUAGCUGUAGACUUCUGUAGACCGACGGAGAAGUGAAUGUCGUUCUCCUUUUUUUUACCCCAUCGAGAGAUACGCGAGACUCGAGAGGAGUCGAGGGGAAAUAAAAGGGUAUCUCGAUGCGCGACAGGAACACGGUAGGACGUACGUGAAACGGGUCGAGCUUCGUCCAAGAUGUCAGGAAGAUUGCCUCGUUUGCGUGCACUUCGUCCACGACCUCAGAAACUCAAGAGCGAGGUCCGCAAGGAAGGUAACCUUAAAGAGAAUCGACAGGAAGUCGCGAUGAGGGAACAUGUGUCUCGCGACAGCACCGAGAACACCUCGCACGAUGACAAAGAUGAUGGGUCCGCGAAGAACAAUUUAAAGAUCGAACACGAUGACCUCCUCGACUGCUCGGGACCCUCGCAAAGUUACGAGUGUAAAACGUCCAAACCACCGAAGCCUUUAACGAGUCUUAAGGCGUACCUCGAUCAUCUGAAAAAGGAGCACAAACAAAAGGGUAAACUUGCACGCGAUGCUGGCACGAGAUGUUCGAUGUGUUCGCAUGUUGCAUUAAGUUCAAGGGAUUUGGAAAGUCAUCAAAGGGUACAUCAUCUAAAGAGAAGAUUCUUUCGAUGUGCUAAAUGCACUUACGUGACACAUGUACGUGCUCGUUACACAAAGCAUGUGAAAUAUCAUUCUAUGCCGAUGAUCAAGUGUGAUGCCUGUGAUUUUCGUACGCCGUACAAGUGGAAUUUAGACAGACACACUCGGAAUCACGGAGGAGGAGGUGCUUUUCAGUGCCGUGCUUGCAAUUUCACAGCUGAUAUCAGGCAGAGUUUGACGGUGCACGAAACUAAUCAUCACGAGCCUCCUGUAGGGCAGACGAAUCGCAAAUCUAACGCACCUUUCGAACGUAAGCCGAGAAAUAGUCCAAAGCGUUACAAUCAGGUGGGUGCGAGUGACUUUCGGGAGAAAAUACACAUAUCUGGAAGUACAACGCUGUCUCUCAGUCCCGGAGACUCGUUCAUUUCCGAUCAGUCGAUGAAUUCCUUAGACGAUAAACAAAGUGCAAUAGCUAAUGCGGAGUGCAUAGCGUUAAAAUGCGAGGAGAAAGGCUGUCAAUUCAUUACCGCAUGGGAUUCUGAAAUGCAACGACAUUUGGCGGAAUGUCAUGCUCCGAUUUCACCGAACAAAUCUAGAAAACCACUGCCAAUGUUAAUUCCUUUGAGUCCUACUAAAUCGAACAGUACUACCAGUGGUUCUUCCACGACGCUUUUAAAAGUUCCGCGAGUCAGGGUAAGACCAGAACUCGCACAAAUAGCAAGAGACACCGAACUUGCCAAGUUGUAUGGGAAUAAAGAAGCCAGCAAUUUAAAGAAGGAUGCAAAUAACGCGGCAGAUUUGUUUGAAAAAAAAAAUGCGUCCUUCUUUGAUAAGCUAAAGGAAAAGCUUACAACGUCGGCGUCGAUAAAUAACGGACUGGCGGAGGUAGCUGUAAGUACUACGAACGAUUUGAAAUGCUGGUGUACUUUUAAAGCUAGUAGCAUGGAGGAGCUGGCUUGUCACAAACAAACACACCACACUGCUCUCAGUGUAUCUGUGGGUACAACGCGUUGCCCUAAGUGCAGAAGACGUUGCAAAAGCUCGACUGAUCUACAAGCGCAUAUGCAGUGUUGUCGCUCGGCAAGCAACGAUAUGUCCAUAGACAGUAGCUUAGAAAAAUUAUCGAAUUGUUCAGAACUACGUGUGACCUCGUAUCGCGGUGAAUAUGCAUUCCCUGCGCAAACGGAUUGGGACGUUAAUCUCAGUGGACUGAAUUCUUCUGGAUCAUCGGUUGAAGGCGCCUCGACGCAUCCAAGCGGCCGACGGGUAUUCAAAUGCCCGCAUUGUCCAUUUUGGGCGUCCACCGCAAGUCGCUUUCACGUUCAUAUUGUCGGUCAUUUAAAUCGGAAGCCAUUCGAGUGUUCCCUGUGCGCGUAUCGCUCUAACUGGCGCUGGGACAUCACAAAACAUAUUAAACUUAAAGCAGCUAAAGAUCCAGUUCAUAUGACUGCCAGGGUACUUAUGACGGAUGAAACCGGUCGACGGAAUUAUUCCAAGUAUAACAAGUAUCUUGCACAGGUCGAUCAACAUUCGUGGGACGAACAAAAUAUGGAGGAACGUAGCGUGCAGGAAUCUAAUUCCGACGAACCACCAGCUAAGGUAUUGAUACUGAACAGCGAUGAGUAUUUGCAAACGCCAGAGCUCACGUCUGCUCCAGUUUCGAUUGUGUCCACGAACGAAGAGAAUCAUAACGUUAAUACUAUUAAUAUUGGUCUAAGACCACCGCCUCCGCUUAAAGCUGCCGCUAAAAAUCGAGGACAAUCUUUGCUCAAAAACAAUUUGAUUUCCACGCAUGGUCAGUGCGGAUCUGUUUCUACUUCGAUCACGGAAGAAAGCAAACGCACUAUGUGGAAGUGUAAGCGUUGCAACUUUAGACAUUCUAACCGAGAGACCGUGUCUUUGCACGUCAAGUCGCACAAUGAAUCCGAACAACGCCUCGGAGAUGAAAAAAAUCCAUUCGGUUGCGGGGAUUGCCCGUUUUCCGCGCCCGAUGCCGCAACUUUGUCGAUGCACAGAAUUCAUCAUCGCCCAAACUUGGAAGCAAUUUUCAAAUGCUACUUGUGCCCGUAUUACGUUAGCACAAAAGCAGAGCUUUUGGAUCACGUCAGACUACACGGCGAAGAGCUUGCUGUUGUACAUCAACAGAAUAUGGAGUAUAACUACUCGCCUUCUAAAUAUAAGUCUCAGCAAGCUUCCAAUAUCGAUAACGGUACUAAUCGCAUGAAACAAGAGAAGCCUGUAGAACAGGUGAUUCAUAUAACUACGCAGAACAACGUUAGUUGCAUGGGCAACGCCUCGAAGAAUUCCAAUGCACCUCCACCGCUACUUUUAGAUACGCGAGCUCUACCCGAGGCGCCGUUAGUCUGGGUGUCUCGACCAGAUGGUACGCUUGCAAAAAUGUUGAAAUGUCGUCACUGCCCUUUCGUCUCUUCGCGACGAGCCGAGGUCAGAGAUCACGAGAGCAUGCAUCUCGAUUCCCCUAGCCACGGACCCGUGAUCGCUUGUACCGAUUGUAGUUUCACCUGUGCGCGACGAGAGGUGAUGGUUGCUCAUACGGACAUGCAUUCCGGAUCCCUGGGCACCGUUCACUGUCUGGUAGACGACACUAGGCCAGAUUCGCAACAAUUGAGCGACUUGGUUACGCUUCUCGGAUUCGCGCAUCCUCCUGUGUUGGGCUCGGAACCCGAUCUGCGAGAUUCGAGACUCGUGCAUUGCUGUAGCAAAUGCCCAGCGCGAUUCCUUUGCGAGAAAGAGUUGAGAAUCCAUCUACGAUAUCAUUCUACGGAAUUAGCCUAUUCUUGCCAAUGGUGUUCGUACGCCGCUCGUCAGCCGGCUCACCUAUUAGCCCAUCAAAAAGCACAUUCCACCGAGUAUCAGGAGCGUACAAAGUAUUUAUUAUCCAUAUAUGGUCACUCGCAGCGAUACGCACCUCCUACCACGGCCUGUGUCGAGGCUGGUGGCCAAGACUCUGCCGACUCAGUAGCCGCGAUCGCUUGGAUCGUGGUCGAAGUUUCCGAAAACUCUAGUAACACCUUCCACAACAAUGCGAAUCAACGAACCGGGAAUCAAGUGUUUACAUGUGCCAAAUGCCCAGCUCGUUACUUCAAGUUGGACGCUCUGGAAUAUCACAUGACGUUGCACGGUUCGAAUAAUAGAUUCAAAUGCACCGAGUGCGAUUAUUCGUCGAAAACCGCCCAAAAUCUGGUAAAGCAUCAGGUCGUUCAUCGACGACAGAACGAAGCGACCGAGUUGACUUCCAACUUAUCGCCGCCUCCCGACCCACAGUUCGGAAUCUUCAUGCGCGGCAACCCCAACUUUGUGUAUCCUAGUUAUUUGAGGAAUGGUCGGAUGAAAGAGAAACGUUACAAAUGCCAUAAAUGCCCCUCUGCCUUCGAGAAAAGAGAACAAUACAGAGUUCAUCUGACGUUACACGGCGCGAAACAGAGAUACCGUUGCGAUACUUGUGACUACUCCGUCAAGUACUACGCCAAUUACAUUCAACACUUGAAGAAGCAUCAGGCCAACGCAGAAGCGCAAGCUUCGCGCAGGCAAUUCGAAGACGAAACGAUUACUAUCGACAGCGAUUCCUUUUCCGACAAUACAGGUUCCCUGUCGCGUUCAGGGAAGACUUUAAAGUCAAACGUGACGACGAUAUCCAUCAAUGGAACGUCGAUGUUGACCUACGGUGGGAUGCAAGCCUCGAAUCAGGAUAAACAGUCUUUGUUGUUGCUGCAAAAGAGAGGAAUGCUUUUGUCGCCUAACGAGGAGAUGGACACGUUACGCUGUCAAAGUUGCCCGUUCUCCACGUGUGACAAAGACGCGAUGGACUCCCAUAAACGUCGACACGGCAUCGAAAGAAUGACACCGUCCUGCCCCCACUGUGAUUAUAUACCGCGAAAAGACGAGAAUGUCGGAGAACACAUUAGGCUACAUUUCACGAGACUCUAUAAACCGGAGUCCUAUCUCAUCAUAGAACUUUUGACCUUGACGAUGAAGAAGAUGGCCACAAACGGCAAAGAAGAGAAACAAAAGGCCGCGGAAUUAUUAUUUAAGGAAUAUUCGGAUGGAAGAUUCUUUCCGCUUACCGAUACGAACUCCUUCGGUAGUACUUCCACCGUAAAUAAUUGCAAAGAAAAAGUUAUAGUGGAUCCUAACACAGGAGAGACGAAACAUUUGGCCGUUUAGAAUGAUACCAACGAUUAGCGAUGAUGUAAUAUAUAUUUCUAUGUAUAUAAUAUUAAGUAUAUGACGUAUUUUAGAUGUUUAUAUACAUUUUCUAGGUACUUCGUAAUAGAAUCAUUAAAAAACUAUUACGUUCCCGAUCAGUAGGCUCGUAGUGAAGUGUAAAGAUAGAAUCGUUCGUAAGACGAGUACCGUAGAAAUCUGUACCGAACGAGUAUGUGUUAAAAUGAAUUAUACUCAGUUCUGAUCAUUGCUGCAUGUACAGAGUAAAGUAUCCUUUAUCGAUAGUGACGACAAUUGCAAUUGUAAGCGACAACGAUCAUGAUCGUAGCUUUUGGCUGAAUACUUUCGAGUUUGUCGCGUCAUAAAUGUGCAAAUUUCAAUGACUUGCCAUAUUUUGUUGAUUUAUCGAGUAUUUCGCCAGGCGUGGUUUAACGUUAUAUUGUAUAUAGUACUUGAAACCUUGUACGAUACGAUAAUAAACAAGUACUAUUACA